AUGGAGAUCGCCCCGACAAGAUUGCCACAGCGGCUUCGAUCAGUCGAGACUAGAGACUCGACAAACAGGGUCAAACUUUGUGGUCGCGUCUUUGACAAGACUCGCAUGGAACCAUGCGCCAUCGCGGUCCCACUCUCUCCUGAAAACAGUUCUGCAGCUCAUUUUCUCUCCUCUCACUCUCCAACUGCUCCCUUUCGGCGUCGAUCGUCAAAACUGCUCACAGCGAUUCACGCAGCCCUUGGAUCCGGUCCUUCAAAAGUACAUCAUUCCUCGUUCGCCGGUGCCCAUGCACUUCCGGGAGAUGGACCUUGGGAAGAAGAUGAAAUCAUUUGGAAUAAGACCAAAGUAGUCUGGCUAUCAGGAGGAGUGAUACGUAAACAAUGGACGUUCAUCCAGGAAGGACAAGCAGUCCAAUUCGCUACUCUCGGGUGGCUAGAGCAAGACUGCUCAACCGGAGACCCCUUUAUUUCUCCUCUAGCUUCUGACUCUCAAGACAAACCUCUUCGAUCCACUGCAACUGAUGACUCCUCUGAACGCCCAACUUUUGGACCGUUCGCACAAUUACCCCAGAACGCGAAACUACCCAAACUGAACCUCCUCCGUGUCCCCGCAGCCUUUGUAUUCCUUCGUGAUAUUGGAAAGAUUUUUCUCAAGAAUGGUACCGACUACACGUUUGCUGUUCCUUUCGUGGUACGGCAAGCUUGGCCACUUUAUCCACACGGUGUCCUGAUCCAAAGAUCUUUGGAGCCGGGCGAGAUCGAGGAGGCAGCUGCGAUAGGAGAGACUGCGCUCCCAACGAUCUUUUCUCUCACUAGUCCUUUUGCCGAGGCUGUCGCGAUGGGUCUGACAAGCGGAAUUCUGAAUGGAUUCGGUGAAGCUCCAACUUUGAAAGACGAGGAAGAGCACUCUCAGAGGCCGCUCAAGGCCGUACCUUCAACAGACAAUGUGAUAUGGACAUCUCGCCGGGGACCAGGUGGCAAUCAUGACCUUGUCGUCUCUGUCGACGUCGCCACUCGACAGCUCUCCAUCUGGCGUUACGUGUUCAUCAAGCCCAACGACACCCCCGUUCCUUUUGGCCAGGCCAAAGUAGCCAAGCACCGCCACUCACUCUCCAUCGCGACGAACAGGCGCACUUCGACCAUGUUCACGGACUUCGACCGACUCAACCCACGCUCACCCAAACCUGUUGGCCCACGAGAGUCCGCAAUGAAAGUUUCUGAUGUUCCUGUGCUUCCCGGGGACAUGCCACCUUUUUCGGCAUUACCUGGAAUGCCUCCGGCCUUGUCUGCGACAACUAUGGCUCCAAGCGGCUCGGGGACAUCUUCACAAUGGUCGGGAACAUCGAAUCGUCAUCGUAGGAAUUCUCUGACGCGCAACGAUCUGAGUGUCACGAUGGACCGAAUGGCGCUUGGCGCAGGGAUUAAAAGCGACUUUGAAAAUACUCUCCCGCCACCCAGUCAGCAUGGAAGGAUGAAAACGUCAUACUGGAUGGAAAAAUUGUAUUCAAAGGAACUAUCGGAUAUCGAGUUAGUACUCUCUUCAUGCACUACCCCUAUUCUUACAUUGGUUAGAGCUCGAAAUUGGCAGGAAAUAACAUGCUCUCAGUUUGACCGUCGAUGGGAUGGAGCAUCGUACCACUCCUUACUCUCGGUGCAUACACCCGUCUCUGGGACGCUGCUGGUGAUGAGGGCAUGGGAGGAAGAUGAUGUACUGAAGGUCGCGCUGCUCUCAGAAACUGCUGCGAUCGCUGCCACGUCGCUGCGCAUCACGCGCAAGGAUGUCUGGGAUUUGUUGGUGCUCAGAGCGAAUUCCCAAUUCGUGAUUCUCACACAUGGUCUGAGGGAGCUCCCGGUCCAGCUGAGCACGGGGAACGAGCGAGUGGUCGAUCUCAAGCAGGAGUUCUGUCGCUCUGCGACGUUCAUCUUUCAAAGUGGGCGACGCCAGAUUGCAUGUAUCGAUCUCGUUCCUACAGAUAGUCUGACUCUCCACACACUGGAGACGCUUUCGCUGAUCCUCCCAUCGGACCUUUUUUUCGAAUUGCAUCAUUGCUUUCUCGUUAAUUGGUCCCGCAACGGCCUGCGAGCAUCAGAUAAUGUUCAAUUCGAGUGCUUGACUGCGGCACUGUGCACGACUUUCGAACUUGAUCGUCCUUCGCCCUCCGUAUCGACUGCCGUAUGGUCAAUGUUGGGUGUCUCGCCAUCUCACGAUAGAUUUCGAGAGGACAUCGCUUUGCGAAAUAUGCGACGGCCUAGUGCUCCACUGAGCGUCGUACCCUGUCAUACACUCGGCUUGAACAGGAGAGACAUGUUUGCGCCCGUCUUGUAUGCUUUGCAUGCUCUUGCAGAAAACCUCCGACUGCGCGUGGAUCAUUACAAGCAUGUCAAUGUAUUGGCCCCAAUAAUCUGCCGGUUUGCACAAGUUAUUCGGCCCGAAUGGGCAGAUUACUGGAAGCGACUGGUGCCUGAUGCGAUGGCAGGCUGGCCUGAAGUUCCGGAGCAUGAAGUCGAUGAUCGACUACCAGUGUGGCCACCAGAUCUAUCGGCCAUCUUGUACGGCCGAGUCAGCAGUCCUGACUGGCAAGUCCCUUGGCACGACACACAGCAUAUUGCCAAUCGAUUUCACAUCGAGGCCUCAUAUGCAUUUGGGCAUGUUGAGCCACUUGCCACACUACGACGGCUCAAUAUGAUCUACAACUGCCUCGCAGAUCACGCUGAGUCGUCCAGUCAAAGGCGGGCUGAAAAUGCUGUACUUUGCAUGGUUCAGAAUGGCAUAGGAUCCGAAUUUGUGAACCGACUCUCUCUCGGAGUGUCGAUGCCGGUGAGAGAAGCGUCGAGAACCUGUCAAGUUGCGCCCCCUAGUGAAUGGCCCCUGGAAGCCUAUCGUGCAGUGGGCAGGAAUGACAUUGCCGCUUCGGCGAGUCAAAUUCCAGAUAUGGUGUUUGCAGACGGAUAUCGGCCGAUCAAAGAGUUUGUGAAUCCAACGCGACCUCGACCGACAAUCCAGGGCAUCGUCACGCAAGCCAAGGUUGCCGGGUUAGGCGCAGUGGAGACCGUGUCUGGUGUCGAAUUAGGUCUGAAAGACUUCACUGAUAUCCGAUUCGGGCAGGACCGAAGACUGGAUGAAGUGGCGCGAUUACUCUGCUCUUCCAAAAUCUUGUCCGUUCGCGCAAUAGAACGGCCUGAACUCAACGAGCACGACCAAAGCAAAGAACACCAACACCAGGUGCUUCGAAUCUCAGAACGGACUUUGGCCCUUCCUUACGGCCGGGCCAUCUUCACGUUUGGAACUCUGAUGAACGUCACGAAAGAGGCGUACAGCAUUCCCAAGCUGGAAUUUUCCAUCAAGCUGCAACCACUGGGUGUGACCGUAACGCCUGAACCCGGAAAACUUCAUGGAGAUUCGUUGUCGUGGGGGGAAUUCCACAACGGAGUUGCAGCAGGGCUGCGGAUAUCGCCGUCUGCGGCAGGAGUCGAGAGUUCUUGGAUCGCUUUCAACAGGCCGUCCGAACUGACGCCUGAACAUGCUGGGUUCCUUUUCGCUCUUGGACUGACCGGACAUCUCAAAACGAUGCUCACAUGGCACACUUUCGCAUAUCUGACGCCUAAGCACGAUCUAACCUCCAUCGGCGUGUUACUUGGACUGGCUGCAGCGAAUGUCGGCACAGGUGACGAACACGUGACCAAACUGCUCGCAGUGCACACACCAGCUUUGCUCCCUACACCCGAGGUGGAUCUAAAUGUGCCGCUAAUGACGCAGGCGGCAGGACUUUCCGGCCUUGGACUGCUGUAUAUGGGUACCAAAAACCGACGGAUGGCAGAAGUGUGCCUGGGUGAGAUCGCGCGCCGCGACCUGGCCGAUCCAGAUCUGAACAACGAAUUCCGAGAAGCUUACACUUUUUCUGCGGCCCUUGCAUUCGGGAUGAUCAUGCUGGGAAAAGGAAGCAUGGUCCCGGCGGACGCCGCACUGCUGAGUCGGCUAAACAUCCUCAUCCACGGAGAACCCAGAACACCGAUCAACACCCAUCGGACCGGAUCUUUCGAUCUCAACUUGACGUCGCCGGCAGCGACACUGGCGCUGGGGUUGAUGUACCUGCGCACCGAACGACAGGACGUCGCUGAUAUGCUGGUGAUCCCCGACACAGUUUUGGCGCUGAAUCGCAUCCAGCCCAGUUUCCUACUGAUGAGGGUGUUGGCAAAGGCGCUGAUCAUGUGGGACUCGAUCUCGCCAACAUCAGAGUGGCAGGCGGCACAGAUCCCGAGGUCUAUACGUGAGGCAGUGGACAAUCGCUCCAGAAAGGGUGUUCCCAUCGACGACUCCCUGGAGCUCGCCUAUUACAACAUUCUCGCCGCGUCCUGUUUUGCAAUUGGCCUGAAAUUUGCUGGCACGGCGAGACAGGAAGCGUAUAUGAUGAUCAUCCGGUACUUCGAUCUAUUUACUCGCAUGGUGUACUCGAACAGCCAGGCAUUCGACCACAAGAUCCGACGUUCGGCCGUGCGCGAUGGCUUGAAUCUCAUCUCGAUCGCUCUCAGCAUGGUCAUGGCCGGCACAGGCGAGAUAUCGUGCUUGCGCCGGUUCCGAUUCGCAUACGGAAUGUACCACCAGACCAUGUACCAUCCAGCAUUCCGAUACGGCAUCCACGUCGCCAACCACAUGUCUCUCGGCUUGCUUUUUAUUGGCGGAGGGAGAUUCACCCUGGGGACAUCGGAUGCCGCUGUAGCCUGCAUGGUCACGGCACUGUUUCCUCGAGCGCAUCACGCUUCCUCGGAAAAUAAGAGCUUCCUCCAGGCUUUGCGGCAUUUGUGGGUGCUUGCGAUCGAACCUCGUUGCCUGAUUGCGCGUGACGUAGAAACGACCGAUGUGGUUUAUUUACCUGUCAAGAUCACUGUCCACGAAGGGAGGGAAGCUGGAACUACGCAGCUGAUCUCACCGACGCUCAUCCCUGAUCUGGACAAGCUGGCUGCUAUCCGCGUCGACACCCCUCGUUACUGGCCGUUUCAUUUUGACACAGCGAACAUCCCCCGACACAAGGACAGCCUCCUCCGCAGCCAAACCCUCUAUGUCAAACGGCGGACUGCAUUUUUGAGCUACACAGAGGAUCCCAGAGGAAGCCGAAGUCUGUUCGUCAGGUCUCGCUCAUCAGCGGGGGAGGCUGCAACGCUGGAUUUCCCGCAGCUCAGUGACACCAAAGUCCAUCCAGCCAGCGACCUGGGCGAGUUCAUCACCUCCUUCUCGAAUGACACGCUUUUCCUGGCCUAUGCAGACCAUUUGGCUCGCGAAGAAGGUGUCACCGAGGCAGAACGCAUUCUCCAUAUCUAUUCGCAUGCCAAUCUGCUGGAUAGUAUUCUCCAGGGUAAACCACAGACCCUCCAGGCCCACCUGACCCUAUUUCGCUUCCGGCUACUUGUCCCGAACUCUCGAUAUUUCCAUCUCCAUCUGCAGGACCUCAGGUUCGCUGCCGAUUUCUACAGCAAAAUAUAUGAGCGCCGAUUCAGCGGACGGCGAGAAAACAAUUACCGGAUUCCGUUGCUUCGGGACAGCACUGUUUCUGGGACAUUGCACGUUCUCGACGAACAACUCAGACACUUGCGGGCAGACGAGCAAUUCAAGGAGGUUCUCAAGCAGUAUGCUUCCGGAGAACCAGUCUCCAUGGACGAAGGCGCGUCGUCGCUCCUGGCGUGGUAUCUGCUCAGAAACAGCGUGCCUGUCUCGACACUGUUGAUGAUCCUUAAACACCUCGCAAAUGAAGCUUUUGAAAAAUGCUUUCAACAACCUCAGCCUGCUGGGACAAUCGACCAAGAGCUCUUGAAGCAAGGCAUCACUGAAGUUCUGCAUGCGGCUGGCGUCAAACUCACGACCGUCCUGGGAGCCGGAUGGUCAGUCGGCUUGGCCGAGGGCAAUGGCGCCUUCUCCAACUACCACCUCGCCGCGCUUGUUCUCUUGGUGCCCUACGUGGUCAAAUCCUUUGUGCCCCUCGUAAACCGUGGCGGGCUCAAGACUUACCUCGUUCUCAUGGUGCUUACGGGCGUCCCGACCACCAUCGCGUAUUGGACUCUCAUGUCUACGUAUGGUGGACGCAAGAACGAGAAGGUCCUCUUCCCCGGCAAGGACAUCGAGGAGUACAUCACUAUCAAGGACCCAGAGCUCAAGAAGCUUUACUACGGAAAGAACAAGAUUCCAAUGCAGGUGUUCCACGAUGCAUACUUCGAGGGGAAGAUUGAUUUCAACGGCGACGUACUGGAUGUUUUGGAACAGCGUCACGACUGGGCAAAAUUCACCUUCACGCCUGAACUGUUUAAAUAUGUCUUUUUGAACUUCCUGCCCGAAGUCAUCGUGCACUCGCAGAGUCAGGAUGAAGAACAAGUUCGUGACCAUUACGACAGAGGCGACGACUUUUACGAAUGGUUCCUUGGUCCUCGCAUGAUCUACACUUCCGGUGUUAUUCUCUCCCCUGACCAAUUCGAGUCCCUGGAAACCCUGCAAGACAACAAACUCGCAAUCGUUUGCAACAAGCUCAACUUGCAGCCCACCGAUCGCCUCCUCGAUGUCGGCUGUGGCUGGGGCACUCUCGUUGCCUACGCAGCCAAAAAUUUUGGCUGCGACGUCACGGGUGUUACGCUUGGAAAGAAUCAGACUAAGUUUGGUACGAAGCGCAUCGCAGACAACGGCAUCUCGGCGGACAAGGCUCGCAUCCUGUGCUGCGACUAUCGUGAGAUUCCUCAUGGCAAGGGCAUCUAUGACAAAAUCGUCAGUCUGGAAAUGGCUGAGCACGUUGGUGUCCGCCGUUACUCUGCUUUCUUGGGCCAGAUGUACGAGCUUUUGUCCGACGAUGGUAUCUUUGUUUUCCAAGUCGCUGGCUUGCGUCAAGGUUGGCAGUUUGAGGAUCUCAUCUGGGGUCUCUUCAUGAACAAAUAUGUGUUCCCUGGUGCCGAUGCCUCCGCGUCUCUUGGCUGGGUCGUUAACAAGCUCGAGCAAGCCAACUUCGAGGUCAAGUCGAUUGACGUUCUCGGUGUUCACUACUCCGCCACCCUCUGGAGGUGGUACCUCAACUGGUUGUCGAACAAAGAAAAAGUCAUCGAGAAGUACGGCGAACGGUGGUUCCGUAUCUGGGCAUUUUUCCUUGCCUGGUCGACCAUUGCCAGCAGACAAGGCACUGCUUCCGUGUUCCAGUUUGUCCUGCACAAGAAUUUGAACGCGUACCACCGUGUCCUCGGUGCGGCCAACCAUGGUGGCAUCCACGUCAAACUUGACAAAGAGCCUCAUGAACCGGGCCUGACGUCCGUCGUGGAUACACCCGGAGAUGAACCAUGCGCAAAGAUCUGGUCGGUCUACCUUUCGGAAGCGGAGAAGUACGACAGAGACUUGGUCGAAAGCUGGCGGGCUAACAUGAACGGAAUGCUGAUAUUCGCUGGUCUCUUCUCGGCCGUGCUGACGGCCUUCAUCAUUCAGAGUUAUCAAUCUUUCACUGCUCAAAUGGCCCCUGCUCAAUCGCCUGAGCUUCUCGCUCUCAUCCAUAUAUCCCAGCAGAUUGCCCCGAACGGAUUCGGAUCGGCGAUGCUGCCCCUGGCUCUCGAUUUCACAGGCAACUCGACGCUGUCUACUCCGGGUCCUGACGCUGCCUAUCUAGCGUGCAAUAUUCUUUGGUACCUCAGUCUCGGUCUCAGUCUGGCUAGCGCGUUGCUGGCUACGCUAGUGGAUCAGUGGGCUCGUGAAUUCUUGCAAAGAGCGGAAAUGCGACCUAACCCCGUCAAACGCGCACGGAUGUAUGCAUAUCUCUACUAUGGGUUGCAGCGUUUCCGUAUGCACGUUGUCGUUGGGGUUGUCCCCCUACUUCUGCAUUAUUCGUUGUUCCUGUUUUUCGGCGGCCUGGUCGCGUUCCUCAAACCAGUGAACUUCACUUUGACCAUUAUUGCAGUAGCUAUGCUCGGCUUUGUAGGCAUUUUCUAUGCUUCCAUAACGCUACUUCCUCUGCUCUGGUUCGACUGCCCGUACCAAACACCUCUUUCUCCCUUACUGUGGAAUAUCCACCGAUUCUUGCUACGCCGCAUUCUCAGCCACUUUCCCGCGCCUGCUCGCCAGAAUGCGGAUGAUCCGCAGCCACCUUUGAAUCCGCACCUGAAAUCACAGCAGUCGGCCAUGCUAGACACCGCCACGAUACGCUCUGACCUACGCGAGGCUCGGGAUAAAAGAGCACUCGCAUGGACAAUGAAGUCUCUCGCAGACGACGAUGAGCUCGAGCCGUUUGUGGAGGGCAUUCCCAAUGCUAUCUAUGGUCCUCAAGGCCGUCGAGUGAAAUAUGACGAUUUGAUGUUGGGCCUGCUGAAAGAUCCAGACGUUCUACUGGGUUCACGGAUUGAGCAUCUGCUGCUGAGUUGUGACGCCGGUCUGCUUGAACCGUUGGCCCAGACACGACGUCUGCAUACGUGCCUAAAAGCCAUCUGGUGUCUGGGGAUGAUCGCAGAGAAGAAAAGGUCGCCCGCCCAACCAUUGUUUUUCUUCCAGAACCGAGGGCUGAAAUUUCUGCCUGCACCGACGCCAGCCAUUGCCCAUUAUCUUCCAUCGAUCUCAGCGUUGGCCGAAUGGAACGGUUUCUGCUCCCUCCACGGUCACGUCGCAAAGCUGCUGGAGCACCUGGAAAACCGACCCCAUCCCGUCAUGCCGCUGUAUAUCAGCGACUGUCGUUUGCGUCUCCGGCUGUUUCUUGACCAGUACGAGCUCAGCAAUUGGCAGCAUGUCAUUCCCAUCGCAUCCGAGGGGAAAAAUCUGGCUUUACUGGUGAGGCCUCCAGCUCAGCCUCAGACAACGUUCGAAAUGGACGACUGGGUGACGGACGUAAAACACGUCUUACAGUCCAUGCCGUUAUAUUGGAACAAGAUCCAGUUCCGGAUCCUUCACUCCUACCUGCAGCAAUCUGCGGCGUUGGAUCGACCGCCUUACGAAUUUCAGUUGACAUGCCAAACGAUUCAGCCUUCGCUCGAACCUGACAUUGACAUCGCGGGCAGCGUAGCAUCUACUAUCAGCGAGACGGUCCACAGAGCAGUGUCGCCGAGUGGGCGGCCCUUGAACCACAUUGACAUCAUCCUUGGAAUUCUGCUGCCCUGGUUUGACACCAAGGCUCUCGAGCCACACAUCGCAGUCCGCGUGACAGACAGCGUGAUCGAAUACAUCAAUCAUCGCGAGUCCAAUGCUGCCGUCUGCCAUGUCCUUGGCAAAUGCGACUUGACUCUCCUCUGGGACCGGAUCACCGACCGGAUCAACUCGUCCAGGCUCGAAGUGUCCAAGGCGAUGUGGCAUCUCUCUGCCCUGUUCCCGGGGCCAUCAGCCCUCGAUGCUCGAUUGGCGGAGUGGCCCGCCUUCAACACCGCCAUGCUGGACGUCAUUCCGGCCGCACCAUACACAGCGUCUGUCCUGGCACUUCUCAAGUCGCACAUCUAUGAUGCAUAUGAGGCUGUCGAGCGCACCUUGCUUGUGACCGACUUGAAGAGAUUCAGGCAACGGCUGAUCGACAAUCCUGUCAGCCCGUUGACAUCACAUGAUUCCCUCACGUUACUACGAAACGUGGAACGGUACUGGGCUCUGAUGACCGCUGUCUGCUCGCUGCUUCUUCCGCCCGUGGACACCAGCGGCCGACGGCCUCUGGAAAAAUUACCGGUGUUCCCGGUGUACCGGUACAGCACUCUUGGCAUCUACGAAAACUACAGGCGGAAUGCAAUCGGUGCGAUUGACAAAGCUAUCGAACUGAUCCCCCGCUUCAACCGAAGAAUGGGAGAAGCACGAUUUCUGGUAUUCCUCGGAUUCGUCAACGUGUGUGCCCAUGACAAUGUUCUUCCAUACAAAGCUUUCGAAACACUCUCAGAAAAUCUUCUUCUCGCGCUGCCCAAUGCCCCAGAAAUGGACGUCGUUCACCCAAAUAAUCAACGCGCGUUUGUGGCUGUGUUCAAGUCAUUGUGUGGAUCAGAGCAAACGCACGACCUCGUUACUCUCAUCCUGACUUCCCCCCUCUUCAUCAUGGAACCUCUGCAUUGGUUGGAUGAUCCCGAGUCGAUAUGUGCUCUCGUUGCCAUCUUGAAGGGAAUCCGGCCGAACGCUUCCGAUUCAUUCUCGAACAAGGUGGAAGAAAUCAUCCAAUGGCUCGAUAGUAAGCCACCAUCAACACCCGUUGUAAACGGUCAUGCCGUUGCUGGACCGUCCCGUCUUUCCUGA